AUGUCAAGGUGGUCAGACCUUCUAUCGGAACUGUUUCAAAUCAUUGCCGAAAAGGCAACCAAUUAUGUGGAUUACAUUUACAUUAGAGCUGUUUGCAAAUCAUGGCAAUCAGCUCUACCUAAGAAGCCUCAUAAUCUUCUUUGUGAACUUUCAUGGCUAUUACUACCUCACCGAAAAGACAGUCCAAACCACAGAGGCUUCUACAACCUUGCAGACGGAAAAACAUACCGCCUGGACUUGCCUGAAGCGUACGAAAACGGUGUUGUGAACUGGCAUGACCCGAAUUCCCUUACAGCAUCCAAACGACGCCUAAAAGACAGGUUUAUCAGAAAAGCCAUACUGUCUGCAACCCCUUCAUCGGCUUACAACUUCAUGGUCGGGAUUAUAUGUGGUCAGAAAGAAAGUUUAGCCUUUUGUACAUCAGGAGAUAUACCUUGGACUGUCGUUGCAGAAAUCUCACCACCAGUGAGUUAUAAAGAUAUUAUGUUUCGUGCAGGAAAUUUCUACGUAGUUGAUAAAAUGGGAAGAGUUUCGAUCUGUGAAACAGAAAACCCUCCAACAUUGAUCCGUCUUGCAGAUCCACCUCCUGCCCCCACCAAAAUGGGGACACAAGCAAUGGUACUUGGCAAGCUUAAACGAACAUCUAUUAUUGGGGAGGGUCAUGAUUUUGGCAUAUUUGACUUCCAAGAUGGAAAUGUCCGGCGUCUAGGAUUGCCCUCGUAUCAGAUUAAACAGCCGCAACAUAAUCGGUCCUUUUUCAUUUUGCCACCAUCUGUUUGGGUUACAAUCAAUGCACGAACUGGAUCUUCACUCGAGAACUUCUAA